CCUUCCACCUCGUACCACAUCCAUAAAGUCACCUCAAGUCCACGUCGCAGGGCCACAGUACUGCAUCUCAGCGCGUAUUCUCGUGGAAAAGGACAAAGGAGCUGCUCUACCUUGCUCAACUACCCUCCUUUUGAGGACACUUUACGCUCAAAUCUCGACAGCGCAGACUAGACCUUCGGACUGAGAAGCUCUGAACGCGUCUGUAGAGAGUCCGCUUCUUCUAUCCACAAUUCCCAAAAACAUACCAAUCAACAUGGCUGGACCCUCAUCAAAGAAGGGAAAGGAUUCGUCGGGAAGCAGCGGUCACAAAUUUCAAGUUGGCGAUGUCGUGCUAGCUAAGAUCAAGGGUUUCCCAGCUUGGCCCGGAGUGCUUGUCGGAGAGGAUCAAGUCCCGGAAGUUGUAUUGAGCGAGAAGCCUAAGAACACUUUCAUCAUCCGUUUCUUCCCCAAGGCAGACUAUCAUUUCCCAAAGGCCUCAGAUCUGACUCUGCUCACACGAGCGGAAUGCAAGGCCUACGCAGAAGACACGCAUCGAAAGGACGGAGAGCUCAAGGCAGCUUACAAGAUUGGAGCAGACCCAGACGAUUGGAUCAGUGAGACUGACGCUGUCGUGCGGGAAGCAGAAAAGGCCAGGAAAGAGGCUUUACUGGAGGAGGAGGAGAAUGAGGAUCAGCUCGCAGAGGAUGACGAGGAGCCCAAGCCCAAGAAGCCAGCAAGCAAGAAGAGGAGCGCGGCUCCAGCUAAGCCUUCUUCAUCGGCUGCAACAAAGAAGGCAAAGACAGAAGCAAAGGACGCGAAAGGCGCGGCUCCAAGGAAAUCUGUAGGAGGCGAUGACGAGGGGGACGAUGCAGAGUUGGACGAGGCAACAAAGAAGGUGAAGGGCUGGCGGCAUGCGCUGCAGCGAGCCUUCCUCCCCAAGGGCAGGGAUCCGACAGAGCAAGAUGUUCAAGGUCAAGAUGAGACCUUCACCACCGUCGAGAACGCAGACAUCACAUCAGAUCAGCUCAAGGCUACAAAGAUUGGCAAGGUGAUGCGCAAGAUUAUCAGCUUGGAACACAUCCCUACAGACGAUGUUCACCACUUCAAGGAGCGGGCAGAGGCCUUGAUCAACAAGUGGAGCAGCGUCUCCCAACCAUCGGCUGCACCAGAAUCAGCGGCAGAGAAGAAGCCGGCCGUCGAUGGAGAUGCCUCUGUUACCAAGGCAGAGGCUGGCGCUGAGACAAAUGGCAACGGAGAUGCAGACGUCGGAGACCUGACGGAAAUCGCGGACACAACGGCUGCUCCUGUCACCAAUGGGAGCGACUAGACCUUCGUCUGAAGUCUGGAGGAUGUGUAGGAAGAUAUGAGAUUGAGACGAAGGAAUGGCGUCCAGGACGAAGCAUGAUGCAGAAAAUGGAGCUGGAUCGUCUGGAAGACCGAAUCCACUGCAGAGGGGGUGCAUAGAGAUGUGAGAUGAAGAGACGUUGCUCAACCAGAGCAAGACCCUCUGGCUUGCGGGAAAGCGGUUCGCCUCGCCUCUCUGAGCUGCCAUAUCCCAGGGGUUCCGAGAGACUGGCAC